AUGUCUCAAAAAUCAAAAGUAAUUGUUAUCGGUGCUGGGGUUUCAGGUCUUACAACCGCUCUAGUCCUUCAAAGGAACGGUUACCAAGUUCAAAUUUUUGCCGAACAUUUUCCCGGUGACUCGAACAUUAACUACACGAGCCCUUCGGCAGGCGCUGACUGGAGAUCCGAACUUAUUAGCAUUCCAAAUCUAUCCAAUCUUGAAGCGAUUUCGUUCAAGACUCUAUGGAGUUUAUCCGAAUUUCCCGAGACUGGACUGAUGCGUUUACAAAGCUUCACUUAUAUGGACGAAAAACCCAAGUUAAACGGGGAUCCCUGGUUCAAAGAUUUGGUCCCAAAAUUCAGAGUGAUACCGCAAAGGAAUCUUCCUAAAGGCGUAGAAUACGGAUGUUCAUACACCUCAAUUACCGUUGAUGUACCCAAAUACCUACGUUGGCUGCAAACACAGUUCAUCGAUGCUGGUGGCAAAAUCAAGAGGGUUCAUCUUUCUCACAUCAACGAAGCUCUUGAUGAGGACGUGGACAUUGUUGUGAAUUGCACCGGGAUUAGCGCGCGAACAUUGGGUGGCGUAGAAGACGAUACUGUAUUCCCUACAAGAGGACAAACUGUAAUUGUUUGGGCUCCACAUGUUAAAAAGAUAUGCACUCGGAUAGGCGCCGACUAUAUUACCUAUGUCAUUCCGCGUCAAGAUGGUGUGGUAGUUCUCGGUGGAGUUUUGGGUAAACCUGAUCAAAAAACUGCCGAAUCGAUCAUCAAGCGUUGCACUGAACUUUGUCCCGAAUUGGCAUUGGGAAAGGAGUACUUAGAGAUUAUCAGCAAUAACGUCGGGAGAAGGCCUUCUAGAACUGGUGGAAUAAGAAUUGAAAGUGAACUAAGGAAAAACUCGAAGGGAAAGGAUAUUAUAGUUUGUCAUAACUAUGGUCAUCAUGCGCGUGGAUAUUCGACAAGUUGGGGUUCAAGCUCGAAAGCCCUCGAACUUAUCGAAACAGCUCUAAAAACCGAGCAAAUAAAUGCCAAGUUAUAG